UUCAGUUUGGAUAGGUAUGAAGAAGCGCAAGGUUCACCCAUCACCACCCGUCGUCUCCGAUCAUCUUGCUUUCCUUCCGGCGACACUUCUGACGUUGACGGUAGCACUUUCUCCAGAAGAAAAGGAAGUAUUGGCGUAUCUCAUCUCCUGUACCGGAAACUCAACGGAUGGCCGGAGGAACACCCAGAAAACUGCUACUAUCGGUGGCCGUGGCGGUGGCGAUCAUCCCUCAUCAUUUAACUGCAACUGUUUUCGAUGUUAUAUGAGUUAUUGGGUUCGUUGGGAUUCUUCACCAAACCGUCAACUUAUUCACGAGAUACUUGAUGCCUUUGAAGAUGGGUUACUGCAACAUCAAAGAGUUAACUACAAGAACAGAAGAGAAAGAAAGAAGAGAGGUGGUCACGUGUCGAAUCAUGAUGUGAAGCCUUUUGUGGAGGGUUCGGUGGUCCGGCAUGAGUUGGAUGAGUUGGAAGCGGUGGAGGUGAGCAGCGGUGGUGGUGGUGGUGGUGAUGGUGAUGGUAGUGACGGCGAAACUGAUGGUGGUUGUGGUAGUUGUGGAAGGGAGGAAGAGGUGGAGAAAGGCUCGGUGAGACGGUUCGUCAGUUUUAUUGGGGAGAGGAUUUGGGGCGUUUGGAGUCCAUAGAAAAAAGAUGGAUUAG